UUGGGCGCAGCCACCCACACAAUCCCGUUUAGAGGAGAGGAGCUCAAGGGAGGAUCGAUCUGCAUCUGCUGCGCGCCAAUGGCGAUGCCGGGCGCGGGGUCGCUCCGGUUUCUCGGCCUGCUCAAGCAGCCGGAGUCGGGCCCUGACGCGCUGCCGUUCGAGCUAGACGAGCGCGACGUGGUGUGGCCGGCGGGCGGCGGCCAGGACGGGUGGGCCGCCCCGCCGGCGCCCGAGGCGCCCCCGCCACCGCGCGCGAGGCGCCGCGCGCACACGGUGCCGCAGAGCUUCGGGCUGUCGUCCCUCCUCGCCGAGGGCGGCGUCGGCGAGCAGCGCGCGGGGGUGGCCGUGCCCGUGAGGCCGGCGGCGCAGGGAGCAGGCGCCGCCGCGCCGAGGCAGUCGGCGCCGGUGAGGGUGCCGGUGUGGCCGGGGAAAGCGCGGCGCGCGGAGGACGGGCGCGGCGGCGGCGGCAGGAAGGCCGCGGACGAGUCGGACGACGAGGAAGGGGAGGAGAUGGUGCCGCCGCACGUGGUGGCGGCGCGGCGCCACGCGCGGUCGUCGUCGGUGCUGGAGGGCGCCGGGCGGACGCUCAAGGGGCGCGACCUCCGCCGCGUGCGCAACGCCGUGCUCCGGCAGACCGGCUUCCUGGACCUCUGAACAACAAGCCACGGCCUCCAUCAGCAGCAGCAGAUCUCCUCUGCCAUUUUUAGGCAGCCGCUCUAGCCUCUCCAGUACUGUAACAAAACCCAGACCUAAUUUAAUGUCUCUCGCUCAGCACCUGAAUUGAAUUCAAUACAUUGUUCGAUGUUCUACUCUAUGAUCAAUCAAGCUGGACUCAUCUGGCACUAAAGAAAGCCGUGAUUUUGACA